UCCAGUCGCAAUACUGCAACCCAGUACCUGGCUGCUAAGCAAAAGGAAAAGCCCGUUCUUUGGAAUCCAAAAGCAUCCUAACGAUGAACACAAGUGAUCCACUAGGUAACUGGGCGAUACAACUAACACUACAGUCACUAGACCUACCGCCUGGCCAAGAAUACCCAGUGUUUGUCGUAGGUACUCUGACGUAUAUAACCAUUUUGUUCUGCAAUACACUGGUGUUUGCAACGAUUGUCUUCACAAAGAGUUUGCAUAAGCCCAUGUUCCUGCUGCUGUUAAACCUACCAAUAAUGGACAUGAUUGGAGCCACUGCUUUUCUACCACAGCUUGUAACCAGCAUUUGGACCAAGAACCGCUCUAUUUCCUACCCUGGGUGCCUCGUUCAGGGCUUUCUCAUUCACCUCUACGGUACAGGGAACUUAAUCUUUCUAACAGCCAUGGCGUAUGACAGAUAUGUUGCCAUAUGCUUUCCCCUUAGGUACAACUCUAUCAUGACUCCAAAUACUUUGAUGAGACUCAUCAUUUCCAUUUGGUUUGCGGACAUUCUGUUUUUCACAGUGUUGUUUUCUCUAGUCACAAGGUACAGUAUUUGCAGGACUAAAAUUGUGGAUAUUUACUGUAACAAUCCAUCGAUGACAAAACUACUCUGUGAGGACACAAAGGUGAAUAACUACUUGGGCUUGGCUUCCAUUGUCAUAUUUCAAGGUGCCCCGCUGGUUAUAAUAAUGUACACAUACAUCCAGAUCUUGCUGACUUGUGUGAUGACGAAGCAGGCUGAUGCGAGAGGGAAAGCUCUCCAAACAUGUGGAACACAUCUGGUGGUUUUUUUAUUCUUUGAAUUCAAUGCUGCCAUCACUUUGAUCUCUCACAGAUUUGAGAGUGUGUCCCCAUACCUGAGGAGAGCUUCGGGUGUAUCAAUUAUUAUAUUUCCCCCAGUACUCAAUCCACUUAUAUAUGGAUUGAAGACAAAAGAACUUCUGAAAAGCAUGAUUAAAAUGUUUAAACGAGUGAGGUUACCCAGAAAAUGACAAGGAUUGUUUUUAUCUGACAACAUAUUGACCUAUAAUGUUUUCCUUAAAAUAUUUGCUGUGAAAUAUCCUAAUGUCCUUACGUUUUUUAAUUCUUUUUCACAAAUCCGUGGCAAUGCAAAGUGCAAUAUAAUGUUUAUGAAUAAUCAAUAGGAUGACU